AUGGAGCAUCCCGCAAUCCGCCGCCGCGGCGCGGAGGACCACAUCAGCGGCCUUCCCGACGAGCUUCUGCACACCAUCCUCGUCCGCCUGCCGUCCGCCGCGGCCGCCGCGCGCACCAGCGUCCUCUCCCGCCGAUGGCGAGGCGUCUGGGCCCACAUGCCGGAACUCGUCCUCUGCAGCGGCAGCCCUACUCCAUCGACGCCGCUCUUGGCGCUUCUCGACUCCAUCAACGCCGCCCUCAACUCCUACGCCGCACCUACCCUCCACAGCCUCAAGAUCGAGGUAAGUGUUGUCGACCAGUGGGACGUCCCCGCUGACCGUAUCGCUCCAUGGCUCCGCUUCGCCUCCCAGCGCCUCGCCGGCAAGCUACGCCUCCGUGUCUACCUGAAGGAAGAUCCCCGAAGGUACGGGGACAUCAAGGAGGAGCUCGCGUUGCCCAUCUGCGAGAGAGCUACGGAGAUUGACAUCGGACACCUGACAGGAUUUGUUUUCCGGCCUCCGCCGACCGGCUCCUUCUCGGCCCUUACUGAUCUAAAGAUAUCAUGCACCCAAAUGGCCGGCGGCGAGCUGGGGCGUGUCGUGUCCUCUCCCAGUGCCCGCUCCUGCGGAAGCUCGUCACUAUACAUCAUGCACUCGAACUUUCUUGGAAGACUCAUUUCGUCCACACGACUGAUGGAGAGAUAUGAUUCUGCCAAGGAGCUGAUAAUUUCUCUCACACUUUAUCAGGAAAUAGCUGGAUAUGUGACCUUCCUGCAGGAAAUGGAUAAGCUUCCAAUAUGUGGAUCUCUUGUUAUUAAUUUCGUGGCGAAUCACCAUGCUCUUUCGGCAGUGAUGUUUCAUCUCCUUAGAAGAUGCAGCUGUAUCAGGAAAUUGAAAUUAUUUCUUGAUCAGAGUGGUCCACCAAAGAAGAGAUCUUGUUCUGUGUCAGGCUGUCCUUGUCUUCUGCCAGAGAAUUACAGGCUGGAUGGCAUCGCAUUUGAUUCACUUGAAGAGAUUGGAAUCAAAUUCUUUACAGGUUCAGAUGAACAGGAGGAAUUUAUGAAAUUGUUGCUGUCUAGAUGCAACACUGUAACCCUUAAAAGAGUGGACAUUACGGUGCCACUUGCCCCUGUUUCUUCGGAGAUCAUGGAGGUUGUUGAAAGGAUCCGCAGCGUGUGGCAUCCUAACAGGAAGACCCAAUUUAACGUGCACGCCAAGCCAUUGGUCUCCUAA